AUGUCGGAGUCCCCGCUGACGCGGAUCCGCCAGGUUCCCAGGCACCUGCUGGUCUGCGAGAAGGGCCACGCGCGGCACCCCCGCUCGCGGCACGCCUCGCAUGUGCGGGACCAUGCCUACAACUGCCGGGUGUCUUUUUUGAUCCCUGAAUGUGGCCUCCUACCUGAAGUGCUGAAAAGUACUAUUGCAGAUGUUGGAGAGUACUACCUGGUGAGGAGUUUAUCAGUUCAUGAACUGGUCUCUCACGAAUUCAUUGAUACUUUUGUGAAGAAAGGUUCAUGCUAUGCACUUACCUAUAACACCAAAAUUGAUCAAGAUAAUGCUGCAGCUCUGCUACCAAAUGGAAAGCUAAUUCUGUCAGUGGAUAAGGAUACUUACGAGGAGCUUGGUCUGCAAGGUCGCCCUUCUCAGUAUUCUGGCAAAAAAGCAAUGAGAUAUACUAUAACAAUUGACUUGACUGAUUCCAGCUUUCACCCUGAUAGCAAGAAACACAACAGAGUGCUUUGGGCCUUGAAAGACAAGAAACCUUUAGAAUUUGACAUUCUGCUGGCUUGGUAUGAGACAGGUGCAGAGGAAUCCACACUGAUGUCAUACUUUUCAAAACACCAAAUACAGGCCCUGAAGCCAAAAAUAACAUUCAGCACCAUAAGGGACUUGCAGUGUCCAGUGUUAGACAGUAAUGAACUAGAAGGCAAGCCAGAGGAGUCCUGCAGCACUGAGGAACUGUUCGAAUGGCUAGGUGCUGUCUGGAAUCAAGUUAGCUUAGAGAACAAAUCAUCUAGCUUUUUGUCGACCUAUAGCUGCCCUCAGCCCAACACAGUGGUGGAAAAAGCAUUUUUGUGCACAAUCACAGGCUUUAUAAUUCCUGAGAAGAUAACUCAGUUACUGGAGCAGCUGUGUUGCUAUUUUGGUGAUCCAAAACUGGCCUAUUGGCUGACCUUAACUGUGCAUGGCUUUGCAGACAGCCCUGUUUCCUGGAGAGAAAGCGAACAUGGAUUCCACAAAGGAGGAGAGAAUUUGUACAACUUUGUCAUCUUCAGAAAUCUGGACUACUGGCUUCAGAUGGCUGUUGGAAGUUAUGAUGAUUGUCCUCCAUAA